CUGAGGCGGGAAAGUGCCGCCGCCGCCUCGGCGAUUUCAGUUUCGGUUUCGCCCGGUCGGUCCGCGGAGGCCGGGCUUGUGGGCUUCGUGGAGUGCGGUUUCUGUUCCUGGCCGCGAGAUGAGAAACCUGAGUCCUGGAGAGGUGAAAUGAGUUAUCCAAGGCACACAGCUAAUUAAGUAGCAGAGCUGGGAUUAGAACUCAGGUUUCCCGCCUCCCAAAUUUCGGACCAGGGUUGUUAAAAUGAGUCUGCGGAAGCAAACACCCAGUGACUUCUUAAAGCAAAUCAUCGGACGACCAGUAGUGGUAAAAUUAAAUUCUGGAGUGGAUUAUCGAGGGGUCCUGGCUUGCCUGGAUGGCUACAUGAACAUUGCCUUGGAGCAGACGGAAGAGUACGUAAAUGGACAACUGAAGAAUAAGUACGGGGAUGCAUUCAUCCGAGGAAACAAUGUGUUGUACAUAAGUACACAGAAGAGAAGGAUGUGAAGACAGUGAGCAUGCAGUACUUCCCAUACUCGGACAUGGUUUUUAUUAAGUUUUUCAUUCCUUUUGUCAUAUAAUUUGUCCUAUUUUGUAAUGGUGAUUUUUCACUGACGCGUGAGAAAGAUAAAUGUGUAAAAUUGUGGAUUUAAUUGUAAAGCAUUCUUUCAUAUUUAAGUUGCAACUGUUUCCUUUUACCUCUGUGUCAGUUUGCGGAAAGCAAAAAGAAUUUUUUAAAAAAGAAAAGAUCUUUCUCUCUUUACACGGUUUUUAACUGAAGUUUCAAGCAGUGCCGUUUGAUUUGCCUGCUUUCCUUGUUGGACGGACUGAAGUGACACAGAAUGUGAGGAUGAUUAAAACACUGUAGAGAUGC